CUGCAGAGAAAAGGGAACUUGUGCUUUCUUCCUCUGUUUUUCAACUGUCCCGUCCCUGCCUCUGUUACACAACGUGGCUCUGUUCAGCGUGGGAGCUUGCGGAGUUCCUCAUGGGAGGGCAAGAGCUGAAAGCUGGAGAUGGAGUUGAUCCGUAUGGCCCAAACCCACUGGGAAAGGAUGGGAAAUGGGGCAGAAGUUAAAGAUGCCUCAGUCGUGUGGCGAACAGAAGGCAGCAAACACCACCAGCAGCCCUGCCCAGGAGAACAGCACGGAUUCCGAGCACAAAUGGCCCUCCUGCAAUGCCCAGGAUGAGAUGCUCAACUUGGCCUUCACCAUUGGGUCCUUCCUGCUCAGUGCCAUCACGCUCCCGCUGGGAAUUGUCAUGGAUAAGUAUGGACCUCGCAAGCUCCGGCUGCUCGGCAGUGCCUGCUUUGCCGUGUCCUGUGUGCUGAUCGCCUAUGGAGCCAGUAACCCGGACUCUCUGUCUGUGCUGAUAUUCAUUGCGCUGGCUCUGAAUGGCUUUGGGGGGAUGUGUAUGACCUUCACAUCGCUUACGCUGCCCAACAUGUUUGGUGACCUCCGUUCCACGUUCAUUGCCCUGAUGAUUGGCUCCUAUGCUUCCUCUGCUGUGACUUUUCCAGGAAUCAAGGUUAUAUACGACUUUGGGGUCUCCUUCAUCCUCAUUAUGCUGGUCUGGGCAAGCUGUUCAGGAUUAGUUUUCCUCAACUGCUUCUUCAACUGGCCCCUGGAGCCUUUCCCAGGACCAGAAGACAUGGACUAUUCGGUGAAAAUCAAGUUCAGCUGGCUGGGAUUUGACCACAAAAUCACUGGGAAACAGUUCUACAAGCAAGUGACAACCGUGGGGCGCCGGCUCAGCGUGGGGAGCUCCAUGAAGGGCCCCAAGGAGCCGACAGCCUUGCAGGAGAACAACAAGCUCUGCCUGUCCACAGUGGACCUGGAAGUGAAGUGCCAGCCUGACAAUGCAGCUUCUCCCUCCUUCAUGAAGAGUGUCUUCAGUCCUAUCUUGUUGCUCAGCCUUAUCACCAUGUGUGUCACUCAGCUGCGGCUCAUCUUCUACAUGGGAGCCAUGAACACCAUCCUUGAGUUUCUGUCUGGAGAUAAAGAUCAAGUGGCUCUCUACACUUCCAUCUUUGGGGUAUUGCAACUGCUGUGCCUGCUGACAGCGCCUGUGAUCGGGUACAUCAUGGACUGGAGGCUGAAAGAGUGCGAUGAUGGCUCAGAAGAGACCGAGGAGAGCAACGCUGAGCAAAGUGACAAGAAAAAGAAGAAGCGUGACCGUCAGAUCCAGAAAAUCACCAAUGCCACCAAUGCCUUUGCAUUCACAAACGUCCUCCUGGUUGGAUUUGGAAUCACCUGUCUUAUUCCCAACCUACCCCUGCAGAUUCUUUCCUUCAUUUUGCACACCAUUGUGAGAGGAUUCAUCCACUCGGCUGUGGGAGGCCUCUAUGCAGCUGUAUACCCCUCUACCCAGUUUGGCAGCUUGACAGGGUUGCAGUCGUUGAUCAGUGCCCUCUUCGCCCUUCUGCAGCAGCCUCUUUUCAUGGCAUUGACAGGACCUUUGGAAGGAGACCCCCUCUGGGCAAGUUCUUCCCAAACUUAACGUCAAAGCUUAGUGUUUAAGAUGAUUUGGGCUCAUUCCGUUGGAAACAAAAGGACUCCUGUGUAUGGACCAAGGUUAAAACCAGCUGGAAUUUUAGUCUGCUGUUACCUUGGUGCUGUCCAAGAGACUUCCCUGUGUGUGGGUAAUGACUCCCUGGGAGGGAAAGCCACUAACCCUUAUGCUGGUGGUAUAGAAAGGGAGUGAAAAGGCUGCAGGUGUGCUUUGUGCUAACAGUUUGUGUGGCAAGUCAAAACCUGUCAAGUAAAAGCGGGUGAAGCUGUGUGGACCUUAGUGCCAUAGAAAUACCCUUUCCCUUGUGAGCUAUUACCUCUGAUUACCAGGAAAUUUGGGGUUGCUGAUGCUAAUGCCUAAAAAGCCAAGGGCUAAUGUCUGAAAAGCCAAGGGUAGGGCUAAUAUUCUUUCUUGAUGAAAGCCUGUCUGGGCAGCUCAGUAAAAUCAUGACAUGAGGAGGGUCUUGUAGCCUAGAAACCAGGACUCUCCCCCUGUGCCCACCCCAGUGGGCUGUUGAGGAGUGGACUGUUCUGUGGAGCAAAACCAUUGCAGCCAUGAUCCAGAGCCUCCAACCCUUGCAGCAUUUAGCUCCUACCCGUGGUGCUCUGGCCACAGCAGUGCAAAUGUAAUCCUGUGGAGGUUGUUGUCAAUACCCUGAGCAGGGCGGCUCCCAGUUUGCCUGCAGCUGAGUGAUGUGGGCUGGGUUCCGACACGGUGGCACGCGUGACUGGGUUGUCUUCACAGCCUGCCUGAGUGUGUUUUGUCUUCCUUCCUUGCAGGUGAAUGUCGGCUUGCUUGGUGUGAGCUUCUUGGGUUUCUGCCUUCCAAUCUACCUGGUGUGCUACAGGCGCAGGCUAGAGAGGGAAAAAAAGCAGAAGAUGGAGGAUGCCAAACUCUUCUUCAAAAUCAACGGCACUCCCAAUGAGGAAGCCUUUGUUUAAACUCUUGCUUCAAAUACAACCUCCCCUGUACAGGUUCCUACCACGUCCGUGGGUUCUACCUGUGGUGUAAGCCAGGCUGUUUCUCCCCUGGCUCUGCCAGUCUUUGCCCAUCACUGGAGUGAGGGCCGGACCUCAUGACUGUGCUUUCCUCAGACACGUGGCAGGAGGAGACUUCCCACUCCUUAUUCCAGAACACGGGUCUCUUUCCCUUUUUAUAAAGGCCACGCAGAUACUGUGUCUUAAACCAUCCCCUGAUCACACUCUCCAGUGGCAGAGCCUCUGCAUAGGAAACUUGGGAGAGAAGGAACAGAGGGAUGGGGGAAGAGGGAAGAAAGACCCCAACUUGAGUUUGCAAAGGUAACACACUGAAGUCUGUUUUCUCCUCCUCUUCCCCCAACCUUGGCUGUGACAUUGUCUCGGAUGCAAGCUGCACGUUCCUCCCUCCCUGAGGCUUCAUAGUGGUCUCUCUGCUUGAUAUGUAGUUGGACCCAGUGGUUUUAUUGCCUAUCCAGACAUACCCUGGACUGGUCCUGAGGCAGGGAAGGGGAUUUUAUUCCUACGUGUGUGAGCACAGCUUCAGUGUAUUGCUAAAUGUUGGCUGCUAGCACUGACAGCUCCCAAACCUUUUAUUACUGCAAAUGACACAGACUUGUGAGCAAUGGAUCUGCCUUCCACACUGAAGAGCCUAGUGUACUGCUUGGUCCUAGAUCAAGCUUUCAAAGGCCUGGAACGACUCCUCUUCCUGGCCCAUAAACCACCUGUACGUGUUUUAAACUGUCUGCAGUCCUGGAACCUUUGAGAUAGGAAUUGGAUCUCAUUUACUGAUGAAGUGCUUUGGGACUUGUUGCCUUUUGCCUCUUCUUCCUUCCACCGUGACCCUGGGAGGGGAGCAGCAGCAUGUACUAAAGGUGGAAAAGCUUCUUGAAGCUGAGCUCUGGGGCUCCAAAUACCUUGGUGUUCACAUGUUGUGAGCUGACUUGCUGUUGAAAAGAACCAACGAGUGCAGAACACUCCUUUGUGUGUGGUAACUGGAUCCUGUGGACAUAUGGGUGAUGUGGUGAAGUAAUUCUUCCUCCAGCCAUAGCUUAUUUACACCAUUCUGGUAACAGCCCCCAAGCUGCUGAACACCAGGUUACUGCGACUGACCAAAAAGCUGCCGGUUUGGCUGUAUUAAGAACCUUCUCCAACGCUGAUGCUCUGUCUGGACAGAGUACAUGGUGAUGGAUUGUAUGCUGAAGCUGACUUAGAGCAAUACGUGUGGGUAAAGGUGCCCCCAGGUCUGUUCACCAUGGAGGGAACAUAAAGGGAAUUUUUAACCUGCUUAUUUUUAUAGAGGUUUUCCUAAGUCUUGUCUAAAUUUGAUGUUUCUGCCCUUAACCUUUCUGUUGAGGUUGGUAGCUCAGCCUCUAUGGCAUUGUGACUAGCAUUAACCAGUGCACCAUUUGGACCUGCUCGGAGCAGAAAGGUGCAGUGCUGAGGGUGGCUAUUGCCAGUGGACAUGCAGCACCAAAUGCAGUGGGCUGAGCUAAUGGCUGUCGGGAGGGUUGGGAGCAGAAACCAAACAGUUCUGAAGAUGCAGUGGUGGUGCUUUCUGAACUGCUGACCCCUGUGGUACUGCAAAGCCUGGCAGGGGGUAAAUCAUUCAACUGCUUUAUGUCUGGUUGGGAAAGUCUGAGAGUCAAUCACUGCCCUGUUAGUGCUGGGGAUUGGAAACAACAGCGCGCUCGGACCUUCCUUUGGGAAAUGACCUGGAAACUGGGUGUUAACCCCGUUACAGAAGGCUUGGAGCAUGCAGGUGCUCAGCCCAGCCAGGUCCUUCACCCUUCCUACAGAAGGCUGGUGACCUCUUGGGCAGGACGGCUGGAAACCCUGCCAGCAGAGGAGGAGGAGGAGGAGGAGGAGGCAGCUUUUGUGGGGCAGCAGCGCCAUCUCCAGCCAGGCUCCUGCGGGCAGCUCAGACGCUUCUCCACCCCGUGGUACCUCUUAGUCUGCAGUCACUCCUUUGGAAAUAGCUCACUACUUGAGUAUUUUACACGUCUGUGGGUUUGUUUUUUUUUUUUUAAUGUGUUGCCUUUAUUAAAUGUGUUUGUUCCAAGACAGCCUUUCUGCCUGCUGUCAACACUUCA